AUGGAGUCCAACCCAUCGCGGCCCGGGGACACGUUCGAUGCCCUCCGCAUCCUCUCUGAAGGCCGAGCCUGGUCUGAGCGAAAUGAAGCGGCUUUACUAGAACCGUUCACACAUAUCAACACGGUUCCGGGCAAGGACAUCCGAGGACUCAUGCUCACGGCAUUCAACCAGUGGCUACAAGUGCCCGCUGACAAGUUGAGCAUCAUCACAAAGGUCGUUGGCAUGCUUCAUACAGCCAGUCUACUUAUAGAUGACAUCGAAGACGAUGCUCAACUCAGAAGAGGCGUACCCGCUUCGCAUAAGAUCUACGGUAUCCCCCAAACGAUCAACUCCGCCAACUAUGUGUACUUCCUUGCUUAUCAGGAACUGUUUAGUCUGCGGUCUGGCGUUGGCUACUCGGAUCCUACCGAUGACCAGAGCGAUCGCCUCGUUCCCUUUACCGAAAGGCGUUCAUCUGAUCUCACAGCCGAAUUACUGGCCCUCCAUCGCGGACAGGGCCUCGAGCUUUUAUGGCGUGACUCGCUUCAGUGUCCAACCGAAGAGGAAUACGUCAGCAUGGUCAACCAGAAGACUGGUGGCUUAUUUCGGGUCGCUGUGAAGCUCAUGAUGGCAUGUGCGGCGAAGAACACUGCUGUCGACUAUGUUCCUCUUGUAGAUCUGUUCGGUGUGUUCUACCAAAUCCGCGACGAUUACAUGAACCUGCAGAGCUCAACAUACGCAGACAACAAGGGCUUCGCUGAAGACUUGACAGAGGGAAAGUUCUCCUUCCCAAUCGUCCACGCCGUCCGAGCGGACACCUCAAAUCGCCAGGUUCUGAAUGUACUCCAGAAACGACCGACGACGCCGACGCUCAAGCGGCAUGCCGUCAACUAUCUUCAGAACCACACGAAGUCAUUUGACUACACCGUGAGGGUUCUGCGCUCGCUGGAGAGUCAGAUCAGAGAGGAGAUAACUCGCCUGGGCGGUAACGGCGCGCUGGAACAAAUCAUGGAUGCACUUCAUGUGGACGAGCCUGCGUGA